AUGAAUAAAAUGCAGUCAAUAUGGGCUCCAAAACGCGUCAACGUUCAAUGUUAUAAUUCCUCCGGAAUCGUGAUAUUAUCAUUAAUCCUUGUAAAAAUUGUAGUUCUUUUACAAUUCCAGUUCACUUGGAAUUGUGAUCAGACGUGUAGCAAAGAGAUAAAUGCUCCUGUGAUUAAAUUCCGGUCAUCCAUUCUGACCAGAGAACAAAAGAUCUCGCAGACCAAUGACCAAAGGGAAGAAGAUCCGGAAGCAGGUCCUGGGCAGCAACUCAGAGAGGGAAAAGGAGAAGACGAAAAAAGGGAAAGGGGAAGAACGAAAAAAGGGAAAGGGGAAGAACAAAAAAAAGGAAGGGGAAGAACGAAAAAAAGGAAGGGGAAGAACGAAAAAAAGGAAGGGGAAAAAUGA